AUGAAUGUCACGAAACACCCACGAGACAAUCCACCAUUAGAAGAGCUAUCGGACGUGAUUCAGAAAUCACUCGAGGCCAGCUUCGCUAAUGCCACUACCAGCGUCGUGCAGUGUCCGGAUCUGCGCCAGCCACCCUUCAACCUUGCUGCGCCAGGUCUCUCGGGUAAACCAUGCAUUGCAGAUAUCGGCGGACAGCCCAAUCUCUUUCCAACACCCAAUGUCAAUGCAAAAUAUUCUCUUCUAUCUCUGGCGAAGGACAUGCAAAUGUCACCUACGGAAGGGUUUCUUCUCGGCGCCGGAGCGGCUCCAUUUCAUGACAUUGGCCACAACGCCGAACUGGCACCCAAUAUAUCGUGGAAAUCCAAAACAGAAUCACCAGGUUUCAACGAUAUUACCUCGAUAAGUAUAAACAAUGAGACUCGUGUCAUUCAAGUCGGCCAAGAUGGUACCCAGUCGUGCGAAAGAAGCCCAAGUGCAAAUUGUGCCUUGAUGAUGAAUCUCUACGGAUCCAACGGGAACACCGGACCAGUCCUAAAAAUCACCGCGAAAGCACGCACCGGUGAACUGAAUUUCACAAACUGCAUCCGCUUGAGUCUACGCGAUUUCUACGGCGACUCAAGACCGAUUAGCCUCGGCGGUGCAUUCCUGUUGAAGUCCGGAAAAGCCAAGUUCCAUGUCAUGCCUGAUUUCCCUGAUCCGGAUAACCUACCAUUCCGCGAUCGUACUCAAUUGGAGAAGGAGUGGCUCACAUAUCAUGUUUUUGAUGCUCCGGUGGUGUGUUUGACUGUCAUGCAUAGUGCUGAUCCCGAGGGGCUGCGGUUGAGGAUGGAGCAUACGCAUUGCUUUGAUGCUGAUGGGAAUCGAAAGGGGGGACAUUAUCACUAUGAUGUCGCAGAUGGAGGGGAUGUGGAGUAUGAAGCGUACUUGCAUCCUGCUUCCAUCCUUUAUCGCAUUGAUCAACCGAUGGCCUAG